CCGCCGACGUCAUCUGAUGCUUGAGCAAUAACAAGUGCGCGCUGCCCUUCAGCGUUGUCAACCAUGUUCGUUCAGUAAAGGCAUGAUGGCAUCCACGCUGCUAUGGGCUGCGCGGGGGGUUCAUCGAGUUCCUGUGCACCAAAGGGUGCCAUGUAUAUCUCAGACACUGAGCUGUCGCGCGAGAUUUGCUCAGCUCCGCCCCGCAACAGCAAGAUAUGCGUCUUCAGGGGCCCCUCGGUCAAUUGAAGCAGGACACAUUAAGCUGGAGCCGAAUGAAGGCCUUCUGUUCAUUAACAAUGUAUUCCCACCGAAGCUGCAAUGGCUGCUACGCGUGCCAGUUAUUGGAGAGGCUUCUCGAUACGAGGAGGUGAUGAAGCGUGUGGAUAAGCCACACCUCGCAGCUUCUGAGAUAUUGAGAAUCGUCCGGCGAGCUUUACCGAAAGAGCCCCAAAUUGAAGUUACAGGGAUCAUCCCUCGAUUUUCUGAGGGAGGUGUAUUCGUCAAGUAUGCCCGAACGGCUGGUCUCGACGAUGUCCAGAUUGAGAACGCCGUGAAUGAGCAUCUCGCCCAGAAUCCGAUAAAGCCUUGGUUUAACCCGUUCCAAACAGUCGAAGCAGCUCGUGUCCUGGGAAAGCCUUGGAUAGAAGACCUGUUCCGCUUUCCGAGCCCGAGGAUAAAAGUUGAAUUCCUUCCACCUCAACCGGGGGAUUCACCAGCCGAACUGACGCAGGAAGACCUGUAUUCGGUGUUCCGGAGAUACGGAAAGCUGGUCGACAUCGCCCCCGGUUCAGGCACUCCAAAAAAUGCGUUUGUCGAAUUCUCUAGACGCAGGCACGCUAUACUAGCGAGGAAUUGUGCACACGGCCUUGUCGUCACAGAAAGCCAGGGCGGUGGGAAGGCAGGCACGCUUCUGAGAAUCACAUACGAACGGAAGAUCAAGUUCUCAUACAUCAAGGACUGGAUUCUCAGUCAUCCUAGGAUCGUCAUUCCGGCCAUUGCUGCGUUCGUUGCAACCAUGACCGUCAUUAUAUUUGACCCGAUACGGACAUUUUUCAUCAAAUUGAAAGUGAAAGCGACGUCGGAUGUGGAGCAAAACUCAGUAUGGCGAUGGGUCCGCAAACAGGUUAGCAGAGCCAACUUCAUAGGCUUCGGCCGUAAUAAGCGGGAUCCAGACGUCCUGGAGGUACUAUGGGACGAUCGGAAAAAUGAUAUUGCCCAGCUGCAAUCCUGGCUGACAGAAAACACUGGGACAUUCAUUGUCAUUCAGGGGCCGGCCGGGUCCGGGAAACGGGAACUCGUGUUGGACCAAGCACUCAAGGACGGGAGAUAUCGGGUUGUUAUUGAUUGCAAGCCAAUCCAGGAGGCAAGAGGAGAUGCUGCUACUAUUGCGACAGCAGCUGCACAGGUCGGCUACCGUCCGAUGUUUUCGUGGAUGAAUAGCUUCAGCAGCUUCAUCGAUCUCGCGGCGCAAGGUAUGAUCGGAACUAAGGCAGGGUUCUCAGAAACCCUGGAUGCGCAGCUCAGCAAGAUCUGGCAGAAUACUGGCGUUGCUCUGAAACAGGUGACCCUUGAAAGCCGAAGGAAGGACGACAAAGACGCGCAGAUGUCAGACGAAGAAUAUUUAGACGCCCAUCCGGAGAAACGCCCGGUUGUUGUCAUUGACAACUUCUUGCAUAAGGCUGGAGAUACCGAUGUAGUCUAUGACAAGAUUUCUGAGUGGGCCGCAGCGCUGACGAGUGCGAACAUUGCUCAUGUCAUAUUCUUGACCAGUGACGUAUCAUACUCAAAGCCCCUCAACAAAGCAUUGCCAAACCAGAUCUUCAGGACCAUCUCCAUGGGCGACUGUUCACUUGAAGUUGGAAAGAAGUUUGUCCUUGACUAUUUGGGCCGUGAGGAUGAUAGUUGGAAAGAUGGGGAAUUGAACAAGAGGUUCCCCUUUGGAACAGAGGAGCUCGACCAUUGUAUUGAGACCCUGGGAGGUCGGCUUACAGAUCUUGAGUUUCUGGCGCACCGCAUGAAGGCUGGAGAGAGCCCUCAACACGCGGUAAACAGGAUCAUCGAACAAUCCGCUUCUGAGAUUCUCAAGAUCUAUAUUCUGGAUACCGAUCCGUCCAAGCAACACUGGACGCGUGAGCAAGCAUGGCAUCUAAUCAAGGCCCUAGCGAACUCCAAAAACGGCGUCAUGUCGUACAACGACAUCUUGCUCUCUGACUUGUUCAAAGACAACGGGGAGACAACGGUGGCAGCUCUUCAUCAGGCCGAAUUGCUUACUAUAGUCUCUGAGAACGGCCGCCCUCAGGCGAUCAAACCGGGAAAGCCAGUUUAUCACGCAGCAUUCAGAAGGCUCACAGAAGACAAGACACUACGCAGUCGAAUGGACCUCGCAACAUUGGCUCAACUGAUUAGCAAUGAGAACAAGAGCGUUGCCAAAUACGAAGACGAGCUGCAGCGACUCGCCACUCUUCCCAAGCAGCCGAGCGCUCUGACUCCGAGGGUCCAAUGGCUGCUCAAUAAACUGUACAGUUCUCAAACGAAGGUAGAGAAGUUCGAGAAGGAAAGCGCAUUCCUGAAAGCGAUCCUCCAAAGCGACGGCCGCCCAGGCCCGCUUCAGGUGCCUAGGGAUGCUGCGCCGCAACUAAUGUGGCAGACUGUGGUGGCAGUACUUAUCUUUUCCUGUCUAGCUACGAGACUCAUCACUGGUUUUCAAAGUCAUCCAAGAGCAGUGACGGAUGAAGAGCCUCGGCCUGUUAGGAAGGCUCCUUAUUGGAUUCCAUGGCUCGGGCAUGGGGUGCCGUUUGCGCUGGGGCAGCAGAGCUUCAUUGGAAGGGUCAAAGAUUGGAUAUGCGAGCCGGUGUUCAGUCUGCAUCUUGCUGGAAAGACGCAUAACAUGAUCAUGGCCCCAUCCAUAGCCAAAUCUGCCCUCGCUCAUCGGGCGUUGUCCGCAGACUCGGUCUACGAUCGUGUCAUGCAUAAAGUAUUCGGUGACCCUGGGCCCAUCCGUAAAAUGGAUGCUCAGCAGACCAAAGCUUUCGAUGAAGCUACCAGCCUGUUUAUGAGGGAGCCUCAUGUGACCGAGACAACUGCUACUAUGGUCCGGCUUUUGGAAACUGAGAUUCCAAAUCUUGUGUCAUUCUCUCACAGUAUGGUCGACCAGUCAAUCUGGGAGAGGGCGAGUCAGACAACUCUUCUCGAAGACAGAGAUAAGCCUACCUGUGAGGUGGACCUUUUCAAACUAGUCAGGCAUUUCGUCGGAUACAUUACCAGCACUGUCUUCAUGGGAAAAGCGUUCGUUGAUUUUCAUCCGGCUUUACUCGAAGAUCUCUUCACCUUCGACAAGUACUUCAACUUGCUGCUCAUCGGCAUCCCACGCUUCGUUCCACUACCAGGUAUAUCUGCAGCGUACGCAGCCCGUCACCGCUUGCUUCGCAUCAUGACUGUCUUCCACGCCUCUUUCGCUUCGUUCGACGAAGGCCGGGAUCCAGGAUUCGAUUUCCGCGACCUAGACGACGUCUCGGAACCGAUGAAGGCGCGCAUGCGCUGCUGGAGAAAAGCAGGCUUUGCCCCUGCCGCCAGCGCACCCGGAGACCUGAUGAUUUUCUGGGCCAUGAACACCAACUCCCCCACCAUCGUAUUCUGGAACAUCAUGCACAUCCUCGCAGACCCCGAACUCCUAGCAGCCAUCAGACGCGAAAUCGCACCCUACGCCAAAGCCUACCGACCCGGCUUCGAAGACACAGGCCUCCCUUUCACCGAACCGCCUCGCCUUUCCCUCGACUUAAACGGCCUCGUCACCUCCUGCCCCCUCCUCAAAGCCACCUACUUCGAAACCCUCCGCAUGGACACCGCCCCCUUUUCAUACCGAGAAGCCAAAACAGGCCUCACCCUCACCGAAUCCCCCGAAGACGCUACCACAGACGGCGUCCCCGAACCGCGCACCUACAGCUUCUACAAAGGCGACUACCUCGCCAUCCCUCACGGCGCACAGGCGCGCGAUCCGCGCUCUUUUCCCGAACCAGAUAAAUUCGACCCCUACCGAUUCAUCCGCACGGAUGCCUCGACAGGGAAGAAAACAGCAGAUCUAGACACGGGCCAUCUACGACCUUUUGGUGGUGGAUCGACGAUGUGUAAAGGACGCUUCUUUGCAGAGAGACAGGUCCUUGCGUUCGUGGCGAGUAUUAUCUCCAUGUGGGAUGUGGAAUUGGUUGAGGGGAGAAGUUUCUGGGAGAAUAAUAAUGUACAGCGACAUCCGCAUACUAGUGGAGCGUAUGUGCCAAGGGGUGGUGUUAAGGCUAGGUUAAGACAGCGUGUUUAGAUAUGCUGCAUACGCAUAUGUAUGUGCGUGUGUGUGUAUUUUUGGUAUACAGCUCGAUUCAAAGUUCGCAUGUUGUUAUUAUUAUUAUUCUCUGAGCGGGCGUGUUUUGUAUGGAACUUAGGCUAUUUCUUCGAUAUUUCAAAAUCUUAGAGAAGGGGUGGGAUCCUCUGUUUUAUUUGUUUUUUGAUGUUUUUAGAGAAAUAUGAGAUUUUUUGUAGUUAUAGUUGAAAGGUAUAAUACGGGGGUGCUGAAGGUGGUGUCUUAUUGAUGGACAUCACUUUAUCCUAGGCUGUGAGCACGGGUAG